AUGAUCAGGGCUGCGAACCAGAGGCCUAACCUGGAGGAGGCCUACCAAGGGCCCUUCCCACCGCAUAUUUCACAGACACCUUAUCCUAGGGGAUAUAAGAACAUUACGUUCUCUACUUUCUCGGGAGAGGAAGUCGAAAAUGCCGCGGCCCAUUUGGUUAGGUUUCGAGUACAGUGUGGCCAGUACCAGAACGACGACAAUCUGAAGUGUAACAUCUUCGCUACUUCUUUAUCGGGGUCUGCCUUCACCUGGUUCACUAAGCUACAACUGGGAUCAAUUGCGAGUUGGCCUGCGAUGGAGAAGCUGUUCAAGGAAACCUUCGGGACUAUCGAGCCGGAAGUAGAUCUGGCUUCACUCACUCAGAUGGCUCAGCAGCCAACUGAAUCCGCUAUCAGGUACCUUCAGCGCUUUCAGAUCCAGAAGGGAAAGUUGAACGUAAUUCUGCUGGAGAAAGAACUGGUGAAAUUGGCAAUCAAAGGCUUAGAGCCCCGCCAACGCAAAAAACAGCAUGGAAGCAUGUUCAAUUCCAUGGGGGAACUGAUCACAGAAGUAGGAAGUUUCGAGCACUUGCUCAAGGAGAUGGACGCUAUGAAAAACGCCUCGAAGGGGACAUAUAUCCCAGGGAAACGCCGAAUAGUGGCUGCACUCAGCCAUCAAUCCAGUUCCUUUGAUCCUUACUACAAGAGUGAGCAAUCUAGUACAGCAGAGGCUGAUGAGUCUGAAGAAGAUGAGAUAGCUGCCCUGGAGCUCACCGAGAAAAAGGCUUCAACGUUAAAGCAACUGAAGCUGUGCAAAGAGCCGGUGAAGCUCAAGUCGGUGGUUUUCACCAAACCAGAGUUCGCAAGUUAUACAUACAACGCGAACAAAGCGCAUGAAAUCUUAGAUGAAAUGAUCGCCGCGAAGAUGGUGAAAACCGACUUCGGCCCAUUUCCCAAACCAGAGCAGCUAAGGGGGAAGAAAUACUGCAAACUCCAUAAUAUGUGGAAUCAUAAUACAGCCGAUUGUGUUAAGCUGAAGGAUCAGAUCCAAAUCUGGUUAAAUAACGGUAGUUUGCAAGUAGAGGCACCGACAACAGCAGCAGCGUUGGUGGACAUAGAUCCCUUCCCAGAUACCGGCAUCAACAUGGUGGACGUGGCAUGGGGUGAAAAAGAUUAG